ACACUACCUCACCACCUCACCACAUUACGCUACACUACCUCACCACACUAUGCUACACUACCUCACCACACUUCGCUACACUACCUCACCACACUUCGCUAUACUCUCUUACCACACUAUGCUACACUACCUCACUACACUAUGCUACGCUACCUCGCUACACUACAUCACCACACCAUGCUACACUACCUCACCACACUAUGCUACACUACCUCACUACACUAUGCUACGCUACCUCGCUACAUUACCUCACCACACUUCGCUACACUACCUUACCACACUAUGCUACACUACCUCACCACAGUACCACCACACUACCUCACCACGCUACCUCGCCACAUUACCUCACCACACUACCUCACUACACUACCUCACCACACUACCACACCUCACCACACAUUACUACUUCACCGCACUACACGCUACACUUUUCCCUUUCUAGACCUCUCAAUCUGGUGUGCUUCAAGUCUGGGGUGUGCAGGCUUUUGUUCCAGACCAGCACUAACACAACUGAUUCAACAAAUCAAAAGUCUUGAUGUGAAGUUGAAUAACUGCAUUGGGUGUAUUAGUACUGGGCCGGACUGAAAGUCUGUGGACUGAAGAACAGUGCUUUAAUCCUAGACUCGUCACCUUGCCACACAUAACUGUCUAGUCACUGAAGCUGGAGUGUCUGUCCUUUGAAGAUUAACUUGAGCAUGGUUAGACUUGAGCAUUCGUAUUAAGCAAAAAAAAUUAUAAUGGUUAUUCUGAAACCUUCCCUGCUGGUAUACAGUUGACUCAUUGAUAAAGUAGUGAAUGGUAAUGACCCAAAUGGCACCCUAUUCCCUAUAUAGUGCACUGCAUUUGUCCAGAGCCCUAGGGUGCCUGCUCUUUAAUGCCAUAAUCCACUAUUAUGUCAUGUGUGUGUGUGUGUGUAUAUGAGUGAGGAGUCCUAGCUAACUGCCCUCUCUGUUCUCCCCACAGGGGGGGUGCAGUGUCUCUGGCCCAAGUGUCACAGACAGUGGGAGGAAUAUCAUCUUUAGCCGCUAAUCCCUGCAAAUUCGAGGAGAGAAAAAGUGCCAGUGUCACUAUAGGCCUUAAGAGCCAGAGAUGAUUCAUUCUAAACCUCAAAGUGAAGGAUAACAAGUGGCCCAGACUCCUGUGACCUCUCAUCCCACCACCUCCUCCUUCACCUUCACUCUGUUCGAGUCAUUUCCUCUAACCUCUAAACUGUGUAACGUUCUCCAUUCCCCCCGGCUGGUUCAAUCUAUGCAGACACAGACUGACUGGAUGACCAUCUGGACCUAUGUAAAUCAACACGAAGACAACAAACCAACCAGCAGAGAGGCCUUGAAGACGGACUCUCCUGGAUACUGCCUGAGAUGUCAGAUGCUACUCUGGAUGGGGCUGGAGGCUGUAGGCUGUUAGGCUAGCUAGGCCAUGCUGCUCCCUGUGCCUUCCUCCUCUCCCAUGCUGCUUCCAGGAGACCUACGGGCUACAAACAUCAUUAUCGUCACCGUCAUCUUCAUCACUCACCAAUGCCACAGGAAGUACGGUGCCUAGGAGGGGACUGACUGAACCUCAACUAUUACGGACAGAGUGAACUGGAAACACACACACACACACACACACACACACACACACACACACACACACACACACACACACACACACACACACACACACACACACACACACACACACACACACAGCCCCUUCAGCUGUGGAACAGACAAAGACAGAAGGCAAAGAGAUACUAAGCACUGAGAGGAGGGUGGGAUUAUGGCUGCCGAGAGUCUGACCGAGCUCCGUGAUUGGCUCUUUCUGCUCCUCCUGUGCCUGACUCUAUUGGCCGAGAUGCUGGAGUUGGCGGCGGCAGCAGUUGCCAUGGAGGAAGGCGAGGAAGACUUCCCGUGCCCGUCAGUGUGCCGGUGUGACGAGGGCUUUGUUUACUGUAACGACCGGAGCCUGAGCAUGAUCCCUCCUCUACCGUUAACAGCUACUGUUCUCUACCUACAGAGCAACCGGUUGGCCAACUCCGGCCUGCCGGCGUCGUUAGAGCGCAGCAGUAGUAUCCGUGUGGUCUACCUUUACGCCAACCAACUAGACGAGUUUCCUAUACACCUGCCGCCGUCGCUACGGGAACUACACCUGCAGGACAACAACAUUCGGACGUUGCCGCGCACGGUAUUGGCCAGGUUACCGUUGCUAGAGAGGCUACACCUGGACGACAACUCCAUCUCCACGGUGAGCAUUCAGGAGCGGGCCUUCUCCGGUACGCGGCGGCUGAGGUUACUCUUCCUCUCACGGAACCACCUGUCCAGCAUCCCAGCUGGCCUCCCGGCUUCUUUAGAGGAGCUGAGGUUAGACGACAACCGCAUCAACACCAUCCCCACCCACGCCUUCCGGGGCCUGGCCUCACUGAGACGCCUGGUCCUGGACGGGAAUCUCCUGGCCAACACCCGCAUCGCCGACGACACCUUCUCCCGCCUGGCCAACCUCACGGAGCUGUCGCUAGUCCGCAAUGCCCUGCAGGCCCCACCCAUCAACCUGCCCAGCACACACCUGAUGAGGCUGCACCUGCAAGACAACGGACUGAUUCACGUGCCUCGGGGGACCCUGGACGGGAUGAGGAGGCUGCAGCGGCUGGAUCUGUCAGGGAACAACCUCACCACUCUGCCCCGGGGGCUGCUGAGGGACACGGACGGCCUGGAGCUGUUGCUGCUCCGGGGGAACCCCUGGUACUGUGGCUGCAACCUGCACUGGCUCCACGCCUGGCUGUAUGGCCGCGGGGCGGCGGUGACAGUACGGGGCCUGACCUGCCACGGACCGGAGGCGGUGCGAGGCCAGGCCCUCAGGGACCUCUCUGGGCUCAUGGACCAGUGUGAAGGCCCCCCAGGAGGGGUGAACAGUGUGGGGGGUAGAGGAGGAGGUGUCACUAGUACUACCACCUUUCCCCCCACCCAGGGCUCUCUGUUCACCCUCAGAGCCAUACGGCCGGGCCUGGUGAAACCAUUACCACCGGGAGGAGAGGCGGGGGGUCAUGCCUCACACAACGCUUUAGAACUCACCGUGAAGCCUCUGUCGGCGGACAGUGUGCAGGUGACGUGGCUGUGCCCGCGGCCGGCGCCCUCCUUCCGGCUGUCCUGGCUGAGGCUGGGCAGCAGCGCCGCUCUGGGUUCCAUCACAGAGACGCUGGUACCCGGGGAGAGACAGCAGUACCUACUAACCCAGCUCACGCCACGAUCACACUAUCUCAUCUGCCUUCUCCCCCUGCGCUCCACCUCCUCCCACUCUGGAGGGUCACAGAGAGGACAGCAACAGGAAAAGGACACAAUAGACCAGAGCCCCGUCUGCUCUCAGAUAGAGACGGGGGAGGCUCUGCGCCCCGAGGGGGGAAAUGGGGGUGAGGACUCGGACACAGAGAUGGCAGCCCUCCCCCUGGCCGAGAUCAUUGGCGGAGCCACAGCCCUAGUCUCCCUCAUACUCAUCUUCGGCAUCUUCUGCUGGUAUGGCCAGCGCACCGGGUAUGUCUCCGGGGAAACAGACUCCUAUGGGGUCAGAGGUCAGCGCGUGGUCGGGAAGCCGUACGAUGACUACGUGGAGUCGGGUACUAAGAAGGACAGCUCCAUCCUGGAGAUCAGGAGCCCCGGCUUCGCCAUGACGCCCAUGACGACCCAUCAGCCACUGCAACCCAAAGGAGGUGAAGAUGUGACCUACGUGCACACCAUCUUCCCCUCAUCGCACGGUAACGGCACCUACCGAAGCAACCAGAGUCACAAUGGCAUCAUCACCCAACUGGGUCACACGGCAGGCUACGGGACCAACCAGGGUUACCGGGAGCAAGGGAUGAUCCCGGAUAUAGACUACUCCUACACGUGAUGACAUCCACUCAGACACACUUCUCCCACCCCCACCGGUUGGAUGCCGUUCUAAGGAUACGGUUCCAGCAGGCGGUUGGUUGGUUGGUUGGUCUCCUUGGUUCCAAAGUACCCUCUGUGCCUCCUCACUUCUGCUCUGAAUCUUAUUUAUCUGUUACUGGCUGACUGGCUUGGGUUGCUGUGUCCCCACAGGGCCACCCCACAUACAUGUUUGCUGGGUGACAGAAGUGUUUCAGUGCUUCUCAUGUUUAUACAUUGUUUUGAGGUCUCAGUAUCUUUACAGCUACUGUACUCUUCCUUCUAUUCCAUAAAAGACCGUUAGUAGUUUGAGGUGGAUGUUUAGGCGUAGGCAGACGCUAAAAGGCAAAUAUAUUCCAGAGAGAAACACUUUUGUAGACUGCUACACUAUAUAUACAAAAGUAUGUGGACACCCUUUCAAAUGAGUGGAUUCGGCUAUUUCAGCCAUACACGUUGCUGACAGGUAAAAAAAUCAAGCACACAGCCAUGAAAUCUCCAUAGACAAACAUUGGCAGUAGAAUGGCCUUCCUGAAGAGCUCAGUAACUUUCAACGUGGCACCGUCAUAGGAUGCCACCUUUCCAACAAGUCAGUUCUUCAAAUGUCUGUCCUGCUGGAGCUGCCCCGGUCAACUGUAAGUGCUGUUAUUGUGAAGUGGGAAUGUCUAGGAGCAACAAUGGCUCAGCCGCAAAGUGGUAGGCCACACAAGCUCACAGAACAGGACCGCCAAGUGCUGAAGCACGUAGAAAUGGUCUGUCCUCGGUUGCAACACUCACUACAGAGUUCUAAACUGUCUCUGGAAAGCAACGUCAGCACAAGAACUAUUCGUCGGGAGCUUCAUUAAAUGGGUUUCCAUGGCCGAGCAGCCGCACACAAGCCUAAGAUCACCAUGCGCAAUGCCAAGUGUCGGCUGGAGUGGUGUAAAGUUUGCCGCCAUUGGAGUCUGGAGCAGUGGACUCGAGAGUGAUCACGCUUCACCAUCUGGCAGUCCAAUGGACGAAACUGGGUUUGGCAGAUCUCAGACGAACACUACCUGCCCCAAUGCAUAGUGCCAACUGUAAUGUUUGGUGGAGGAGGAAUGAUGGUCUGGGGCUGUUUUUCAUGGUUCGGGCUAGGCCGCUUAGUUCCAGUGAAGGGAAAUCUUUACGCUACAGCAUAACUGGCAACUGGCCUGCACAGAGCCCUGACCUCAACCCCAUCGAACACCUUUGGGAUGAAUUGGAAUGCUGACUGCGAGCCAGGCCUAAUCACCUAACAUCCGUGCCUGACCUCUAAUGCUCAUGACUGAAUGGAAGCAAGCCCCCACAGCAAUGUUCCAACAUUUUGUGGAAGUCCUUCCCAGAAGAGUGGAGGCUGCAAAGGGGGGACCAACUCCAUAUUAAUGCCCGUGAUUAUGGAAUGAGAUGUUUGACGAGAGUGUGUCCACAUACCUUUGGUCAUGUAGUGUAUACAACUACCUACUUCUGUAUUUGCUGAGUAGACACACGGGUAAGGGUUUGAUGGUAAUAGUCACAACAACUCAUCACUGACUGACAGAAAAUAUAUAUGUUCCUAUCUUAGACCUCUACUUUUCUCUUUCCCCUCCUGUUUUUAUAUUUUAUUUCUCUGUUUAUUUUGUGCUGCAGAGAGAGAGAGAGAGAGAGAGAGAAUGAGAGCGAGAUAACUUUGUUCUAGCUGAGAAGAGCUGAUAGCAGCUCUGAGGGACAGGGGCUCCUACUGCAGCGAUGUCCGCCCGGGGACUCUAGUGAGAGGGAGAGAUAGGAGUAAGCAUAGGGAGGUUAAAAAGAGAGACAGAAUAAUUGAGGAAGAUAAUAAAAGAGGGAAAGGGUGAAAAGGAAGAAUAUAGGCCCUGAUCCUUCGAGAGAGAUAAAGAGAGAGGGAGAAAAAGUAGGGAGCGAGAUAGACAAAAGAGGAGGGAGAGUGAAGAGGGAGGGAGAAAAAGUAGGGAGCGAGAUAGACAAAAGAGGAGGGAGAGUGAAGAGGGAGCGCAAAGGGAGGACUAAUGGCAGAGGGAAACAGUGAAAAGGGUAGGAAUAUAGCUAGGACCUCAUCCAAAACCUGCUACUUCUUAACAGGACCAGUUCAUUUCUACUUGACCUAUUAUUGAUAUUUUAGUACAGGAAGGGGCAGACAGUGAAAAGAGUGUAUUCAUCAAACGUGCCCAUCUUUAAAGAGAUAAAAUUGUUAUUACAAUUACAAUUGUUAUUACAAUAAUUCAACAUAUUGGCAUUUCCCUUAACAUACAGAACACCAAUAUUAAAGGAUAUAUCCUUUUGCUUAUUGCAUGUCAUCAUAAUAUGAAUGGCAAAGGCAUGUUAACUGGACAAUCAUACAGAAAUGUCUGCAAUCAAAUUAAGUAAAUCAAGCAAAAGGCAUUUUCUAUUGGUUGCUAUCAGGAAAGAUGAAGGGAAAAGCAUGUGUUUACAGUGAUGUACCCAUUCAGCACGCAAACAUCUGAACACAGCAAGCUGUAAUAGCCGUACCAUUACAGCUACUUAGUAUCUACUUAGUAUCUACUUAGUAGCUCUGUGUGCAUCAUAGUCAGUCAUUCAGAUCCAGCGAGACAGUCAGGUCACAGGUGGGGGGGGGGGGGGAAGAGUUCCGUAGAAAUCAUGGAUGAACCAAACUGCAGCACUGUGCAUCUAUGCACUCUAAUCACACACUCUGAAGUGUAUUUCUGUCACUCUACGUAUAUUAUAACAAUGUUCUGGCCUCUCAAUCACAACUGAAUCACAAUGGAGAGAAGAGUAAAGAGAGUGAUGGGAAAAGGAGGGAGAGAAAGAAAAGAGUGUUUGAGUGAGUUAUGUAUACACUAUAGUUUUUAUUAUAAACUGGGUGGUUCGAGCCCUAAGUGCUGAUUGGCCACGGGUAUGACAAAACAUGUAUUUUUCCUGUUCUAAUUACAUUUGUAACCAGUUUAUAAUAGCAAUAAGGCACCGAGGGGGUUUGUGGUAUAUGGCCAAUAUACCACAGGAGUUUUUCCAGGCGCUCCGCGUUGCGUCGUACAUAUGAACAGCCCUUAGCCGUGGUAUAUUGGCCAUAUACCACACCCCCUCGUACCUUAUUGCUUAAAUAUACCAUGCUAAACUUAAUUAGCCUUGUGUCUUUUUCCAAUCCAAAACUCCAGUGGGAAAAGCAUUCUGGGGGAAGAGAAAAGAUCUAGAGCCUUCUUUAGGUCUUAGAAACCUUUCCUUUCAAUACGCUCAGCUUUUCACAAUGUCUUAUGUAUAAAUCUAAACAGUGAGAACUGUUUGUUUGGUUUCUUUGAUUUUCUAUGCGAAUAAAAAAAAUAUAUUGGUUAAAC